AUGGCCUCUAGUUUGCAAUUCCCUAGAAAAUCUCUCUUCCACUCUCUUCCUUCCAUUGAUGUCGUUCCAAACAUUCUAUUUCUUGUAUACUUUGUUAAUCCAUUUUUCCUUUGCCUUUUCUUGCCAGCCUAGCUACUAAGAGAUUGUUUGUUGUGAGAAGGCCAAUUAAGCACAUAAUGUUUGUUGAUACAAGCCAUUUGCCUCCUAAAUUAGGAAACACUGUUCACUCGGAUCCAAACAUAUCAAGCUCACAUAUUGACGAUGAUAAUAAUAAUUUCAAUGCAAGACACAGCAGUUUCUCUGCAUAUGAAGCAAAUCGUCUUAGCGGUGAAGGGUCUCCUAUGAUGAUGUCUCCAUGGAACCAAGGGUCUCCAUGGUCCAAAUUUGAUGAGGGUAACAAUAAUUCCCAAAACAAUAAUAAUAAUAAUAUUAAUGGACUUAUUGGUUCACUUGUGCGGGAAGAGGGACACAUUUAUUCUUUGGCUACAAAAAACGAUCUUCUUUACACAGGAUCCGAUAGUAAGAAUAUACGUGUGUGGAAGAAUCUCAAGGAAUUCGCAGCUUUUAAAUCAAAUAGCGGACUUGUAAAAGCCAUCAUCAUUUCAGGAGAGAAAAUAUUCACAGGUCAUCAAGAUGGAAAAGUUCGUGUUUGGAAAAUCCAAACCAAGAAUCCAGGUACCUACAAACGUGCUGGGACUUUGCCUAGUUUCUUUGAUAUUUUCAAGGCAUCCAUUAAGCCUAGCAACUAUGUGGAAGUCAAGAGAAAUAGGAGUGGUUUAUGGAUCAAGCACGUUGAUGCCAUAUCAUGCUUGAGUAUGGAUCAAACGCGUGGCCUUCUCUAUUCAGCUUCAUGGGACAGAACAUUUAAGGUGUGGAACGUUGAUAACUCGAAAUGCAUAGAAUCAGUGAAAGCACAUGAUGAUGCAGUGAACUCAGUGGUUACGAGUGUUGAAGGCAUAGUGUAUACAGGAUCAGCUGAUGGAACAGUGAAGGUUUGGCAGAGGGAAAACACAGGGAAACACCCAAAACAUGUUUUUGUUCAAACACUUUUGAAUCAAGAAUGUGCAGUGACAGCAUUAGUUGUUAGCAAAUCUGGUUCAGUAGUAUACUGUGGUUCAUCUGAUGGUGUUGUGAAUUUCUGGGAACGAGAGAAGCAAUUAUCACAUGGUGGAGUGCUAAAGGGACACAAAUUGGCUAUUUUAUGCCUUGCAGCAGCUGGAAAUUUGCUACUCAGUGGAUCAGCUGAUAAAACAAUAUGUGUUUGGAGAAGGGACAAGAAGUCUAUACACACAUUGUUAUCUGUAUUGAGUGGUCAUAAUGGGCCAGUAAAAUGUCUAGCAGUAGAAGAAGAUAAAGAAUCCACUGAAACAGAUCAGAAAUGGGUCGUUUAUAGUGGAAGUCUUGAUAAAUCUGUAAAGGUUUGGACUGUUUCAGACAAGGCACCUAUCAUCACGCACAAUAAUAACUCCGAUUCGUUUUGUACAUCAUCAGAUUCAAAUGUUUAGACUAUGGACCAAUAAAAUUUUCUUCGUUUUAUUUCAUUCAACAAUAGUACUAUUAUAUGUAUUCUGCAAUGUAUCAUAUGACUUAAGUCUAAUAAAACUAACAAAUAUUACACAUUA